AAGUUCCACUGAGACAUGCUGAGCAAAGGCCGGAGCCCCAGAAGAAAACAAGUACAGACUCAGAGGAAAGCUGCCCUGGUCCUGAGUGUAACUCCCAUGGUCCCCGUGGGGUCUGUGUGGUUGGCAAUGAGCUCUGUGCUGUCAGCUUUCAUGAGGGAGCUCCCUGGCUGGUUCCUGUUCUUUGGGGUCUUCCUCCCCGUGACUUUGCUGCUGCUCCUCCUCAUCGCCUACUUCAGGAUCAAACUGAUUGAGGUUAAUGAAGAACUGUCCCAGAAUUGUGAUCGCCAACAUAAUCCCAAGGAUGGUUCUUCCCUGUACCAGAGAAUGAAAUGGACGUGAAGUUGGGGACUUUCCAAUAACUAAAGCACAAUGAGUUUCUACUGGUCAGCAAGCAAUGGCCAACAGUUCAGCUAAUAAAGUAGGUUGAUAAACUAGAACCAUAGCAAAAUAGAAAGAAUACUAAGAUACUCAUUCUGAACCAUACUGAAAAGUGGCAGCUAUUAUCUAAGGGGACUUCUCAGAGACUCAGUAUAACAGCAGCUCUUGAAAAGUACCAAGAAUGGAUUUCCUGGGUAUAUACACUGGACACAUUGUAACUUUUUAACUUUUAUUGUGACUGUGUCUGCUCUAAACGGCAUAUUUUAAAAAUAAAAUUCUGCAGCAUCUUACUACAUAA